UCUAGAAGGAUCCUUUUGCGUCACAAAUGCGACGCAUAAUUGCGUUGAGAUUCAAAGUGGAGUUCGUUUACUUAAAACUGGUUUAACGUUCUAUACAGAUGAUAGAACUUCAAGUAUAGCUAAAGUUUUAUGUCACUUGCACAAAAAACGCACAUUGCAAAAGUGAACAACUUAUGUGUACACAUAGAAUAAGAGCAGAUCAAUAUGGAUGAUAAUAAAGAGCAAAUAAAACAAAAAUUGUCUGGUACACAACAAUCCAGUGAUGACAUGCAACUAGACUUCAUAAAUCUUCCGGAUGACUGUAUGGAAAUCAUUCUUUCUUAUCUCUCUUUUGAUGAGAUUUCCAAAAAUAGAAUUGUCUGUCGACAAUUCGAUCGAAUCUGCAAGAAACUAUUGAAUCGCGGCUUUAAUCUCAUGGAAAAGUAUCAUGCGCAAUGUCUUCGUUCUGUCAAAAGCAAAUUGCCAAGGAGGGAAUCAGAACGAAGAAGUCAUCCGCUUGCUCGUCACUGUGAUAUAUUGACAGCAAUCGAAACAAGAAUUUCUAUGUUGUCGAUGACAUUUAUUAAAUAUGUAGAUUUGAAUGUUUGUUGUUUUAUUCCAGGAAAGGUAAUUGAUGAAAUCUUUCGUGUUCUUCGAUUAAUUCAAGAGACAAAGACACCUCCACGAGCACAUGAAAUUCUUCAAGAACUAAGAGAUAUAAGCAGCAUGGCUAUGGAGCAUUUUGAUGAGAAAAUUCUUCCAGAUUUAAAGCACAAUAUUUGCACAUCCAUGGUUGGCACUGUGAAUCCAUAUGAUCUACCUGGUGGCGUUAUGAUCUCUCACAACAGAAACAUAAAUAAUUCUGUACUGCCACUCUGCAACAAUCACAGUUUGUCUUGCACGGAGAAACUCAACAAGACUUUUAAGAAGAUUAACAUAAGGACAAAAAAGAAUAAGACGAGUGUUGUGCGUAUGAAAUGGCAAAUAAACAGAAUGAGACUGACAAUACAAAAGCAAACUGGUCUCAUUCGCAAGCAAAGUUUGAGAUUGAAUUUGCAUAGGAAGAAGAUACAGGAUCAGGAGGCGCAGUUGGCCGAGAUGCGGAAACAUCUUGAGGAGUGGGAACAGAAGAUGUUUGAUUUAACUACUGAGUUGAGUCGAGCUCGAGAAGAAACUCAUCCUGAUACAUUAGAAACUAUAAAGCGAAAACACAUAGACAUCAUUAAUCCUGACACCGAAACGCUUCACCAAGCAAACGAGUUGCAAACUAAAAAGCGCAAACUUAUAGUUGAGAGAAAGGCGUCGAACGACGCGCAAGAAUUGAAAUUCAAAAAAUUCAUGACAGGUUUGCUCGAGAAAAGCGCGUUAGACAAUUGCCACGCGGAUUCAUCUUGCUCACACUAACAAGGAAAAGUUAUUGAUUGCAACAAAAGCAUUGAAAAAAACUGACGUCGAAAUAGAAUCCCUGAGUUGUGUGUGCUCACACUACUAAUUCACACUUUGCAUCAACUAUAUACUAAUCUCUAGUACGAAGAUAUGCAGUAUCAUAUUUGCCCGCUGACUUCACGUGGGUGGAUUAUUUAUAUUCUUUAUAUACCAUAUAUGUAUCUACAUUAAACAUAUUACAGGCAUACUUCGCACUUACGACUCGGCUAUAUGACGUCAGGGAGAAAUAGUUGUAUACGAUUCUUGCGACACAGCUUUAUUAUUUUCGGUUUUUUAAUGAAAAAUUACUUUUUAUCAUGUUUUUCAAGAAAAAGAAAAUACAAACAGCAAACGGUGAUAACUCUACAACUGCGUUGCAAGAAUCACACACCGUUAUAAUUAAAUAAAUUAUAA